GUAAAUUGACCUGGGGAUUUUUCUGAAAUUCGUUUAGGUUUUUUUAUCGAUUCGAUUCAGGCAUUGAUACAGCUUACUUUGCCACAUUUUCGUAAUGCGGUUCUGUUAAAUUGUGCAUAGGUUUUUGGAGGAUUUUUUUUUUUUUUUUUAUCGAAUUCAUUAUUUAGUUAGUAUUUUAGGUUUAUCUCGAUUCCAGUAUUUUAGUUCACACUUCACACACAUAGAUUCGUCGAAAUUCGCUGAAUUUGUGAGUUGUUGUCUAGGUUUUUCACAAGUUUUUUAUAUGGUCUUAUGUGGAAAUGGUGAAUCAUAGUAAUAAAAGCAGUAGUAAUAUGGAAGAUGAGGAUAAGAAUCGAUCGGCACUUUCUAGAGGCGGUGGUGGUGGUGGUGGAGGAGCCACCAGGUCAUGGGGCACUACUGUUUCUGGUCAAUCUAUGUCGACUAGCGGCAGUGUGGGCUCCCCUUCCGGCAGGAGUGAGGCUGCCGUGGCGGCUACUGCCAGCGACAGUACGUUCCUCCGUUUGGACAAUCUUGAUAUCCACGCUGACGAUGCAGGAUCUCAGGGGAUUGCUAACAACAAGAAGAAGAAGAGAGGACAACGUGCAACAGGAGGUGAUAAGAGUGGUCGAGGGCUUCGUCAAUUUAGCAUGAAAGUGUGCGAGAAAGUGGAAAGCAAAGGGAGAACUACAUAUAACGAGGUGGCUGAUGAACUUGUUGCUGAAUUUGCUGAACCUGGGAAUGGUGUCACAACUCCGGACCAGCAACAGUACGAUGAGAAGAAUAUACGUCGGAGGGUAUACGAUGCUCUAAAUGUGCUAAUGGCGAUGGAUAUAAUCUCUAAAGAUAAAAAGGAAAUACAGUGGAAGGGUCUACCUCGGACCAGUGUCGAUGACGUGGAUGAACUCAAGAGUGAACGUGUCGGACUUCGAAACCGAAUUGAAAAGAAAGCAGCAUAUCUGAAUGAGCUGGAGGAACAACACGUUGGUCUUCAAAACCUCGUAGAGCGUAAUAAUCAACUCUUUGGAUCGGGAAAUGCUCCGAGUGGUGGAGUUGCAUUGCCUUUUAUUUUAGUCCAGACUCGUCCUCAUGCAACGGUCGAGGUUGAAAUAUCGGAAGAUAUGCAGCUGGUUCAUUUCGAUUUCAAUAGCACCCCGUUCGAGCUGCAUGAUGAUAACUACGUUCUAAAGGCGAUGAAAUUUUGUGAAAAGCCCGAAAUUAGCGGGGCAUCACAAAAUGGAGGUGAGAGCUCGAGACAUGCCCAACGCAAUAAUACUCAGGGUAGGCAUCCGAAUUCACCCCCUCUUCCCGGAAUACUCAAGGCUCGCUUUAAGCACGAGCAUUAGGUGGGACCCCCCCUCGAAUCUUGAAUUGAAUUUGACGGUGAUGUAUAUAAUUUACUAAACGGGACCCGCACGUGGGGGUGAGGGGGUUUUUUUGUAUUGGCUGUUGGAAUGGGAGGUAAAAGAAGUAGGGAUUAUCUUGUCACUUCCCUAUGUUUUGUUGAAUACUUUUGAUUGGAUCAUAGAUUUUUUAAUCUGGAGGAUGUAUUUAUUUAUUUUAUUUUAUUUGAUUUUUUAGCU